AUGGCCGUGAUAUCAGACACGUUGACCUUCCUAGUGCAGCACCUUCCAGUCAUCCUUUUUCUGGCUGUUAUACUUCACUUAACAAGGAACUAUCUCACACCCGGAGCAUCUUCUAUCCCGGGACCAUUCUUGGCCAAAUUCUCUAAUAUCUGGAGAUUCAUCAAUGUUGCCAAAGGACACGCAGAAGUAACACUCUAUAAACUGCAUCAGGAACAUGGGGAUUAUGUCCGACUGGGUCCGAAUGUGAUCAGCGUGCGGAAUUUGGAUGCUUUGAAGAUGAUUUAUGGUAUUAAUAAAGGUUACCAAAAGACAGAUUUCUAUUGCGUUCAACAACAACUAGCAAAGGGAAGACCGACGCCUACGCUCUUUACUACAACGGAUGAAGAGUUUCAUGCUGCUAUCAAACGGCCUAUCUCCUCGGCUUAUUCUAUGAGUACGCUCACUGAAUUUGAACCGUUUGUUGAUAAGACCAUAUCAACGUUGUUUAAGAAGUUGGAUGGGUUUGUGGAAUCGGGCAGUGUUUGUGAUAUCGCUGCUUGGUUGCAGUAUUAUGCAUUUGAUGUCAUUGGCGAGUUGACUUUCAGUAAGCCGCUUGGCUUUCUUGACAAGGGGGGAGAUGUGGAUGGGAUUAUUGUCGCUUUGGAACAUAUGCUUGAUUAUUCCGGCAAGAUCGGUCAGAUUCCAUGGCUUGACUAUCUUUUUAUCAAAAAUCCCUUGAAGAACCUCUUCGGGCGAGGCUCGACAGGGGCAGUGGCUCGUUUUGCACGCGCACGACUCGAUGAAAGGCUUCAGAUGAGAGGUCCAUCUUCAUCUCCACACAAAGACUUCCUUGCCCGCUUCCUAGAAGCAAAAGCCGAAUAUCCAAACAUAGUCAACGACAACCAAGUCUUCUCGUACACCGUCAGCAAUAUGAACGCAGGCUCAGACACAACAGCCAUCUCCCUACGCGCAAUCCUCUACUAUACUCUCAAGAACCCCGAAGUAUACAAGAAUCUAAACGAAGAACUCACCAACGCCUUCACAGAAAAGAGAAUCUCGUUGCCCGUUUCAUGGAAACAAAGCCAAGAACAACUCCCUUACCUAGAUGCAGUCAUCAAAGAAGCUCUUCGUUUACAUCCCGCCGUGGGACUAAUGCUUGAACGGAUUGUUCCAGCUAAUGGUCUUCAACUUCCUGAUGGGGGUCCGUUCUUACCUGCUGGAACGAUUGUUGGGGCUAAUCCAUGGAUUGUACAUCGGCACCAAGUCUUCGGGGAUGAUGUGGAGGCAUUUAUUCCCCAGCGGUGGCUGAAAAUGGAGGGCGAGACGGAGGAGGUAUUUCACGGCAGGAGACAGAGAAUGCUGCGAGCGACCUUUACGUUUGGAGCAGGGCCCAGGACUUGCAUUGGGAAAAAUGUUAGCUUGUUAGAGAUUUACAAGCUGAUCCCGUCUCUUCUUUUGAGUUAUACGAUUAAGUUGAAGAAUCCCGAUGCUGAUUGGGAGACUUUUAAUGCAUGGUUUGUGAGGCAAAAGAAUAUGGAUGUGAGAUUGGGCCGCACGGCCAGGUGA